AUGGAGAAUGCUGGUGACGGCAAUGAUGGCAUUGGCCUGGAAGCAGCAGAAGAUGGACAGAAAGAUCAGAUCCUUCCACCAUCUUUAAAGUGUACAACUGUCUCUUCAGAUAUAAGCGAUUGGAGUGCGACUUCAUCAUCAGAUUCUUUGGCCUAUGUCCUUCACCCUCUUUCUAAACCCCUCCCUCCGUCUGACAAUUCGCCUCGCAAACAUCAUCUUCUCUCAGCAACAUCUCUACUUCUGAUAACGGAGAAGAACACCCAGACAUAUAUAACUGAUGAGAAGAAGCAUAAGAGGAUGAUAUCCAACAGAGAAUCCGCCCGACGGUCUCUGAUACGCCAGAAGAAGCAUCUUGACGAGCUAUUGGUGCAGGUCAUCCAGUUCGGGGACCAGAACUGCCAGCUUAUUGACAAGCUGAACCACAUGGAGGACUGCCUUGACCGGAUCGUUGAGGAGAAUGGCCUACUCAGGGAAGAAGCUUCCAACCUCCUUCAAACUCUCUGA